AUGGACAAAGCGGCGAGAUGGUUAAAGGGCUUGUUCGGCAAGAAAAAGGGCAAAGAAAGGGAAAAUAGAAUCUCCGGCGGAGAUUCCGUUGCCGGAAAAAGCAAUAUUCCUGGAAAUAUUCUCCCGGCGGACCCAGCUUGGCCGAGAACUUACACGGCGGAAUCAGAGAUGGAGCAGAGCAAGGGAGAAAGAAACGAGAGAAGAAGAUCUUCCGUUGCUUCCUCAUCUAACAAAUGGGGGAUCGUCCGAGAAACGAACCAUAGCUGUUCGGCCGCACCCGCCGCAGCGGCGCAGGCUGCGGAAGCGGCGGCUCAGGCAGCGGUUGCGGUGGUUCGGCUGACGUGUAACGCCAGAGUCGGUGGUUUCAUCGCCGUGGCCGCUGGGACCGGGAGAGAGAGAUGGGCUGCAGUGAAAAUUCAAACCGUCUUCAGGGGCUACUUGGCAAGGAAAGCGCAUAGGGCUCUGAAAGGUCUGGUGAAGUUACAAGCACUGGUGAGAGGUUAUGUCGUGCGAAAACGCGCUGCCGAGACGCUGCAUUGUAUGCAAUCUCUCGUCCGGGCCCAAGCCGCAGUCAGAUCUCGACGAAUCAACCGUUCGUUGGACAACAGAGAUUGCAACGACAAGUUUCAGCCCCGGCAUUCUAUGGAGCGUUUCGAUGAAUCGAGGAGUGAAAUCCACAGCAAGAGGAUGUCAAUCUCGGUCAAGCAACAAUGGAACAGCGCCUGCGAUGGUAACAGUCCGAAGAUCGUGGAGAUGGAUACGUGCAAGUCGAGAUCAAGACCAAGGCGGCGGAUGAACAUAGCAGCGUUGUCCGAAUUUGGGGAUGAUCAAGAUUUUGAAUGGAGUUAUUCGCCAUUAGAGAAGUGCAAGUUCUCAUACUCGAACAAUAAUAAUCUAUACUUGCCACAGUCACCGGCGGCUAAGAGCGUAUGUUAUGGUCCGAGGACACCGCCGAGUUAUAUGGCGAAUACGCAGUCGUUUAAGGCGAAGCAGAGGUCUCACAGUGCCCCGAGGCAGCGUCCAGAGAGGAAGAGGCUAACGCUGGAUGAGGUCAUGGCCGCUAGGUUCAGCGUUAGCAGCGUUAGGAGCGUUCAACAGCAACGCGACUCGAUGCAGUUUAGGUUCUUCAAUUAGGAGAAAAUCGUUUGGUCCCUCAGGAUCCAUAACUUAUAUAUGAAGAGAUUUUAGUUUUCUUCAUUUUUUUUACCUUUUUUGUUCUCUUUCUGUAAAAUUGCUUUGAAGAGAAUUGUUAAAGCUGCUUCUAUGCUUUUAUAGGUUUCUUUUUUUUUUAUUGAA